AUGUCGUCAAAAUUGUACGGAUCGAGCAGUAUUCUGCCCGAGGAGUUCGACAUCAUCGUAUGCGGCGGAGGAAGCUGCGGCUGCGUUGUGGCGGGGAGACUAGCCAAUCUGGAUCACAACCUGAAAGUUCUUCUGAUCGAGGCCGGGGAGAGCAACUUGAAUAACCCAUGGGUCUAUCGUCCCGGUAUUUACCCCCGGAACAUGAAGCUCGACUCUAAAACGGCGUCAUUCUAUGAGUCCCGCCCAUCGAAAUGGCUCGCCGGCCGAAAGGCCGUGGUGCCUUGCGCCCAUAUCUUGGGUGGCGGCUCCUCUAUCAACUUCAUGAUGUACACGAGGGCCAGCGCCAGUGACUAUGAUGAUUUCCAAGCAGAGGGCUGGAAGACAGAAGAUCUGCUUCCCCUGAUGCAAAAACAUGAGACAUACCAGAGAGCAUGCCACAAUCGUGAGAUUCACGGCUUCGAAGGCCCUAUUAAAGUUUCAUUCGGAAACUACACGUAUCCCAUCAAAGAUGACUUCCUCCGUGCCGCUGAGUCCCAGGGGAUCCCCAUUGUCGAUGAUCUCCAGGAUUUGACGACUGGCCACGGUGCAGAGCAAUGGCUGAAGUGGAUUAACAGAGACACUGGUCGCCGAAGUGACAGCGCUCAUGCCUACAUUCACGCCACUCGGGCUGUCCACAGCAAUCUUUACUUGCUGUGCAACACCAAGGUAGAUAAGGUGAUUAUUGAAAAUGGCCGCGCUGUCGGGGUCAGGACGGUACCCACCAAGGCUCCUCGUAGUGGGGAGCCAAAGGCUAGAACCUUCCGUGCCCGCAAGCAAAUUGUGGUGUCUGGCGGAACUCUUUCAUCCCCUCUAAUCCUCCAGCGAUCAGGUGUUGGUGAUCCAGAGAAGCUGAAGGCGGUCGGUGUCGACUGCCUCGUUGACCUUCCAGGAGUUGGGCUCAACUUCCAGGAUCAUUACUUGACUUUUUCGGUGUAUCGAGCUAAGCCGGAGACGGAGAGCUUCGAUGACUUUAUUCGAGGUGAUCCAGAAGUUCAGAAAAAGGUAUUUGAAGAGUGGCAUGUCAACGGAACCGGGCCGCUCGCUACAAAUGGAAUUGAAGCCGGCGUGAAGGUUCGACCCACUGAAGAGGAGCUCAAAGAGUUCGAAUCUUGGCCUACACCUCACUUCAAGGACGGUUGGAAGUCGUACUUUGAGAACAAGCCAGACAAACCCGUGAUGCAUUACAGCGUCAUUGCAGGCUGGUUUGGUGAUCAUAUGCUUAUGCCGCCUGGGAAAUUCUUCACCAUGUUCCACUUCUUGGAGUAUCCGUUCUCUCGAGGAAGCACGCACAUCAAGAGUGCGGAUCCAUAUGAAACCCCGGACUUCGACGCCGGAUUCAUGAACGAUGAGCGAGAUAUGGUCCCCAUGGUUUGGGGAUACAUCAAGUCCCGUGAGACGGCGCGACGAAUGGAUGCGUAUGCGGGUGAAGUUCAGAAUAUGCAUCCCUUCUUUGACUUUGACUCUCCUGCUCGUGCUCACGACUUGGACCUGGCUACGACCAAGGCCUACGCACUUCCCGGAAACCUCUCGGCCGGCAUUGACCACGGGAGCUGGUCAUCCCAUCUUCCUGAACCUGAUAAGAAGGCGGCAGCUAAUAUUCUCAACUCGAACAAAGGUCAUGGCCGCGAUGAGCUAAAGUACAGCGAGAGUGACAUCAAGGCCAUUGAGGAAUGGGUCAAGCGACACGUGGAGAGUACCUGGCACAGCCUGGGUACCUGUUCCAUGGCGCCGCGUGAUGGCAACAGCAUUGUCAAGCACGGCGUCCUUGACGAGAGACUGAACGUCCACGGUGUCCAGGGACUGAAGGUCGCCGACCUCAGCAUCUGCCCAGACAACGUCGGAUGUAAUACGUACUCUACAGCUUUGCUGAUUGGAGAAAAGUGUGCAGUUCUUGUCGCCGAAGACUUGGGCUACUCGGGAGAGGCGCUUGAUAUGAAAGUUCCUACCUACCACGCGCCGGGCGAGGUCACGUUGCAAUAUCGUGUCUAG